AUGAGGGAUGUGGACAGUUUGCAGAUGUAUCUGGAGGAGGUUCGUUUCUUUGACCUGUUCAGCUACACUGAAGAGGAGGGUGGCUGGCUCUGUUUCAUGUGCAGUAACCCUGAGAAAGCCACAGUUGUUAACCAGGACGGCCAGCCACUCAUUGAGGGGAAGCUGAAGGAGAAACAAGUGCGCUGGAAGUUCAUCAAAAGGUGGAAAACACGUUAUUUUACCCUCGCCGGCAACCAGCUUCUCUUCCGAAGAGGAAAAUCAAAGGAUGAACUGGACAACAGCACAAUUGAACUUAGCAAAGUGCAAAGCGUUAAGGUGGUUGCAAAGAAGAGGCGUGACCGCGGGCUGCCCAGAGCCUUUGAGAUCUUUACCGACAGCAAAACCUACGUGCUGAAAGCUCAAGACGAGAAGCAUGCGGAAGAGUGGCUGCAGUGCAUCAAUGUGGCUGUGGCCCAGGCCAAAGAACGUGAGAACCGCGAGGCCACAACAUACCUGUGAUGCUUGUUCUGCUGAGGAUCCUGUGGGCUUAUCAAGCCAGAUGUGUGUGUCUUAUUGCCACGUUUUUUCAUUAUGACAGUUUAUUAACAUCAGAGACAAAUGUCCUGUCUCAAAUGCCACCUUCAACCUUUGCAGUCAUCCUCCACUUAAAUUCUUGCAAUGGCAAGCCACUAAGACUGUCAGUUGGUCCUUUGUUACGGUAAGCUUGGCAAACGGCAUCAAGGGCACAUUGUGGCCAAAAAGGAUCCCUCAGGAGAACCCUUAUGAAUCAUGAAAUGAUCAAUGGGACAUCCUACAGUCUUAUGGACUUCUCAGACAUGUGUUAGGAAAGAGCACAAGACCACAAGUCAAUAUCAAGUGCGUCAUUUGGGACAUGACCAAAGAAAAAGUGUGACGUACAAUGAGGCUGAGUAACACUGAGCUGCACCUGUUCUACACUUCGCACUGAUGCUCAUUCUAUGGGUCAUAUCUUAAUGUUUUGAGAACAGCAAUCGUGAUUUAAUUCAUCUUUGUCUUCCAGAGAAGUAUAGAAGACUUAUUUAGAAUCAGCCAUCACAUACAACUAGAGCUGUGACAGUUAACAUGUUAACGCAUACAGUAAAUACAGUAAGUUUUAACACUUCAUUAUUUAAACCGUUGCCACGUUUAUUCAGUUUGAUGUUAAAUACUGACUUACUGUCUCAUCCUGUUUUGUGAUUUCGCACAAACAUUUAAGCAGAAUCCACAUAAAUUCAUGAAACUAAUAAUUACAUAGUCUGAUUUUAUUUUCUUUCCUUGAAAAGGAACUGAAUGCGGUAGCACGUUAACUAGAACUAUUAGAAAUUAAUAGGGUUAAUCCAAGAGUUCCCAGAUUUUUUUUGAUCAGCCACACCGCUUAGAUGUAAUAUUACUUGUAUUUACUUGAA